CCACUGAAGCCGAUAAAUAAAAAAUAAGUCAGUGUAGAUGUGAAUGAUGGGUGAGAGGAAGGAGGAGGGAACACCUCCCCACCACGUGCUGACCCUCUCCAACUGAAGCCUAACUGGGGCUUCCACAUGCAUUCACACACACACACACACACACACACACACGCACACACGCACACACGCACACACACACACACACACACACACACACGUUGAGUGGCAGGAACAUGUGAGCUCACUCACAUGGGCUAUUCUGGUCGGGGGGGAGGGAGUAAAGAGGGGGUGAAGUCGUGGGUAGCAGAGGCUCUUUUCUCUUUCUGCAUGUGGCUGAGACGGCGUGAGGAGCCGCUCAUGACUUUCUCUUGUGUCGCGUAGACUCUUGUUGUGCGUGAGUGAGUGAGUGAGUGAGUGUGUGUGUGAGUGUGGCUGUAGCAGUGUUUUUUCUUUUUAUUCCCACUCCAGGCCGGAGAAGAUGGGCUGCUGCUUCAGUAAGGAGCUCAACCCCGGCCCACACGCGGAGACCAGCAGUUUGUUACAGCCGGCGCUCCACCACGGGUCGACUGAGGUGACGGAGCAGGUCAGGCAACACGCCGCCACUCUGGCUCAACAUGUGUCCCUACGAGAGGAGACUCUGUCCUCGGGGACACUUCAAGAAGACAAGGGACGACGUCCAGGAGUGGAAGUUUGUGUUGACGACCAGAACGUCGCUGUGCCAGGCAAGAGGGAGGAGGAGGAGGAGGCUAUUAUUAUCACAGCCGGCACAGAUAUGCAUUCAAACACGGACACAGAAGCAGGUGUGGUCCACGCGGCCGUGCUCGGCUGCGAACCAGCACCUUACAUGGAGGUACUCACCCAGAAUCCAGUCACACAGAAGGUGGUUGAGAAAGCCAGGUCGUCCUGUGUCGGUCAGGAACAGCACAGAGCGAGCAGGUGCGGCUCAGCUCUCACCAGGUUUCCUGAACACGUCACAGUGAGGGCGGAGCCAGAGGACGAGCCGACUCAGAGUCAGGGGAUGGCGUGGCGGCAGGAUUCUCGUGGAGCUGAAGACCACGAGGAGGACGAGGAGAUCUACGUGGUCACCACGCUGUGUCAGGGUGUGGAAACGAGGACCCGCAGCUUCUACAGCAUAUGUUCCAUUGACACAGCUGACCUUGAACACGAUCCCAGUUACACCCAAACAGCUGGAGCAGAAACAGCUGCUGCAGAAACAGCUCUCUUCCCCUGCAGAGCAGCAGAUCUGUCUUUAGGCCCCGGCCAAUCAAACGCAGAGGAAUCUGGGGUCCACACAUACGUCGCACAACCUAAAACCACCAGCUGCUCAUGUGACGAAAGACAAGACACUCCUGAUCAGUCUCUGACCGUCCUGUCACAUGAUUCACUCAACUCACCUGGGCUUCCUCCUCCACAGCUGCUUGACCUUGUUCCUCACCCUCACCCUGACCCUGAACGUGCUUCUCACCCUGAGCCUCUUUCUGGACCUGCUUCUCACCCUAUUCCUUACCUUGAACCUGUUUCUCAUCCUGAACUUGUUCAUGACCCUGAUUCUGGACCUGUAUGUGACCCUGAAGCUGAACUUUUUUCUGACCCUGAACAUGACCCGCUGCCCACCUCCAGUCCUCAAACAGAAACUGAGGAUCUGAAUCACCUGGUGACUGUAGAGGCUGCAGAAGGAUCCACAGAUGACAGGAUGAGUGAAGCGAUUGAGGAGGAGCAAAGAGGAGGAGAGGUUCAUGUCACAGAGGAGCAGAGUGUGGACUUGGAGGCCCACAAACCUGCAGAGGGACUUUUUAUGGACAAAGAGCACAAAGUGGUCAACCUCCAAAGUCCACAAGCCGCUAAAGAGUCUCCUGAACUCAUCACAUCCUGUCAGAGCCUCAGCUCUUCAGAACUCAAACAGUUGCAGAGACAGCAGAGCGAGGUGGAUUCAGCCUCCCUGCAGAGCCGGUCUGUCCCCGUGAACAUCUACAGAAGCAGCAGUGAUGAAGGUGUUGUCCACAGAGGCACAGCAGACACUGAGGUGUCGUCCAUUUCCACCAUCUCCACUGUGUCGUCACUGCCCAGUCAAGUGGGUUCCUUCUCCUGCCACACCAACCUCACUCCCACAUCAGGUUUACCUGAAACCACGUCAAGUUUACCCGAAACCACAUCAAGUUUACCCGAAACCACAUCAAGUUUACCCGAAACCACAUCAGGUUUACCUGAAACCACAUCAGGUUUACCUGAAACCACAUCAAGUUUACCCAAAACCACAUCAGGUUUACCCGAAACCCGCUCAGGUUUACCCAAGACCACAUCAGAUUUACCCGAGACCACAUCAGGUUUACCCGAAACCACAUCGGAUUUACCCAAAACCACAUCAGGUUUACCCCAAACCACAUCAGGUUUGCCUGAGACCACAUCUGGUUUGCCUGAGACCACAUCAGAUUUACCUGAGACCACAUCAGAUUUACCUGAAACCAUAUCAGGUUUACCCGAAACCACAUCAGAUUUACCCGAAACCACAUCACAUUUACCUGAAACCACAUCAUAUUUACCGGAAACCACAUCACAUUUACCUGAAACCACAUCACAUUUACUUGAAACCACAUCACAUUUACCUGAAACCACACCAGAUUUACCUGAAAUCAAAUCACAUUUACUUGAAACCACAUCAGAUUUACUUGAAACCACAUCAGAGAAAUGUGAUGUUAAUUCAAACGAUCCCACUUUUGAAUUGUGCAGCAUUGAGGCACAAAGUCAGGAUUCAGAACUCCAGUUUCCUGAAUCUGUUCAAGCUAAUUCCAGCUUUUAUGCAGAUGAGAAACAGAUCUGUGAAGUGACGUCUGUCCAGGAUGUGGUCCUGAGCGCAGGUGAUGGGCAGGAAGUUGGAAAUCCAAGCUGUGAACUUGUAGAGGAACCUGAUGUUUCAGUUUAUUUAACUAAAACUGGCCCAGAUUUACCUGAAAUCACAUCACAUUUACUUGAAACCACAUCAGGUUUACCCGAAACCUGCUCAGGUUUACCCGAGACCACAUCAGGUUUACCCGAGACCACAUCGGAUUUACCCAAAACCACAUCAGGUUUACCCAAAACCACAUCAGGUUUACCCCAAACCACAUCAGGUUUGCCUGAGACCACAUCUGAUUUACCUGAGACCACAUCAGAUUUACCUGAGACCACAUCAGAUUUACCUGAAACCAUAUCAGAUUUACCUGAAACCACAUCAGGUUUACCCGAAACCACAUCAGGUUCACCCGAAACCACAUCACAUUUACCCGAAACCACAUCAUAUUUACUGGAAACCACAUCACAUUUACCGGAAACCACAUCACAUUUACCUGAAACCACAUCAGAUUUACUUGAAACCACAUCAGAUUUACCUGAAACCACAUCACAUUUACUUGAAACCACAUCACAUUUACUUGAAACCACACCAGAUUUACCUGAAACCACAUCACAUUUACCUGAAACCACAUCACAUUUACCUGAAACCACACCAGAUUUACCUGAAAUCACAUCAGAUUUACUUGAAACCACAUCAGAGAAAUGUGAUGUUAAUUCAAACAAUCCCACUUUUGAAUUGAGCAGCAUUGAGGCACAAAGUCAGGAUUCAGAACUCGAGUUUCCUGAAUCUGUUCAAGCUAAUUCCAGCUUUUAUGCAGAUGAGAAACAGAUCUGUGAAGUGACGUCUGUCCAGGAUGUGGUCCUGAGCGCAGGUGAUGGGCAGGAAGUUGGAAAUCCAAGCUGUGAACUUGUAGAGGAACCUGAUGUUUCAGUUUAUUUAACUAAAACUGGCCCAGAUGUGUUAUCAGCUUUAAAUCCAAGCUUCAAUCUUCAGGAUGUUGUUGAGUGUGAGAGUGAAAGUUGUCUCCUUCACUCUCCUUCUGCUGAAAGCAGCUCUCCUGUUGUCACUUCCACCUCGCUUCCUUCUUCUUCAUCUCCUUGUGCAUCUUUUGAGGAACAUGCUUCAGUGCGUAGAAGCAGCAAAAUCCAGAUUAAAGUAAAUCCAGCAGAGUCUGGGUGUUUGGAGGAGGAAGAGGCUUCCCAGGAGAUUCAGACUGACCUCAUCUCCACGUCACAUGAAGAGCAGCUGUCCUUCUGUCCUCCAUUGUCCUUUGAACCCACAGAAACAUUGAACCCUCAUGUCCACCAGUACAGAGCUGCAGAAACAUCUUGUGUCUUGUCCACAGAGACACAGAGUGAAGACGCUGAAGUUUGUGACAUGUACGUGACUCCGACUGUCUUCACCGGUGAAGGUGAAGGACCUGUGAGAUUCGAUAGUGAAGAGAACCUCUCCAUGAUCACGGUGGACCCCGGUCAGAUCGAUGUCUACGCCUCGCUCCCGUCUUACGAGAUCCACUACCAGGGUCACACGGUCGCCGAGGAGGGAGAGGGUGAGGGAGGGAUGAGGGAGAUGGUGUCGGAGCUGCUGGGAGAAGACGCCGACUUGUCCGUGUGCCGCCUCUACCCUCACCCAUGGAUCAGUCUGGGCCUGGAGGACGCCUGUGAGGAGUGGGCUCGGGGCGUGGCCGAGGACGACUGCGCACCGGGGCCUGGCGCAGAGCAGAUCCCAGCCUCAGUGUCGGAGCUGCAGCCGUCCAUGGCUCUGCUCGGAGCGUUUCCCUACAGCACUGUGAUGCCGCAGGGCUCGUGUGUGUGGGAGUGGCACACAGACUGUACUCAGUCUGAACCUGUUGCUGCUCCGAGCCUCAACCCGGACGCCGAGGUCUGGACCAGUCACGACUAUAACGUGGACGUCCAUGGCUCCGCCUACCCUGAGGCUCAGCGGCCGUGGCUGCAGCUGAGCGACACUGUGACCGACCCCGCAGGGUUCGUGUCAGAGUUCCGUCUGGAGGACAUGGGUCUCGUCGAGGUCGUGGCUGAUCCCACGUCAGUGGAGUUUAAGAUCCUGAGCGGUGAAGCACCUGUGGUCAACGGAGAGUCCACUCGUCCUCCUGUGACAGAUGAAGUCAAAGAAGAGCUGAGGACAGUUUUGGAAUCCUGCCUGAACAGCGAGCAGCUCAGCAGUGACUUGUACCUCAAGUCUCAGAUGGACAGUGACCAGUACGUCCCCAUCUCAACCAUCGCCAGCCUCGACAAGGUCAAGAACCUCUGCACGGACGUGGACGUUCUCUCCGAUGUCCUGAAAUUGCUGCCUCUGGUCCAGGUGGCGCCGUGUGGACAGAAGGUCCGGCCCACGCAGGGUCGAUGUGUCCUCAUCCUCCGUGAAAUCCCCGACACCACACCUCGUGAGGAGGUGGAGUCUCUCUUCCAUGGAGACAAUCUGCCCAAGUUCGUGAGCUGCGAGUUUGUAAAUAACGACAACUGGUUCAUCACCUUCAAAUCUGAAGCUGACGCACAGCAGGUCUUUAAAUAUCUCAGAGAAGAGGUGCGGGUGUUUCAGGGGAAACCGCUGAUGGUCAGGAUCAAAGCGAAGACCAUGGCGGUUCCUUCGUACUCGCCCAAAAACGGCUACAGGUGCCCCCCGCUGGACCAGUGCAGCAACAACUACGGCCUGUACUACACCAUGAACGACUACCAGCAGCCGUACUCCGCCCAAAUGACACGGGCUCAGGUGUACGACCUCACCGGUGACGUGUGGAUGUCAGGAUUCAAACACUCAGAGCCUCUGACAGUGAGCAACCUGAUGAAUGGAUUUCCAGGACCAUACUUCAAACCCCGGAACCCUCACAGGCCCAGAAGAGGCUCCAGGUGGUCCAGCGCCGCAGACCGCCGUCACAUCGUUCACAGCGACUCAUCGCCCGCGGCGGAGCAGACGCCACCGGAGCGUCCCUCCACUCCGUCCAGGCCCGGCCGAGGUCGGUCGUGGAGCAACGCGCGCAGUCAGAGCCGAGGAGGGAGGGCGGAGCCUAACAAGCAGCCUGUGAACGGCUCGUCUGAGUGGGCGAGGAAAGGAAACGGUCAGAGGAGGAGAAACAACCCAAGGUCACGGGACAAGUCUUCAGAGGACGCUCAGUCUCCUCCCCGUCAGCCUUCUCCUCCUCUCGAGCUCGGGCUGACCAGUUUCCCUCCUCUUUGUGCCACAAAUGCUGCCAUAGCAACCGAACUCACAGUGAACGACAGCAGCGAGGGUCCAGUGAAGAGCAGCAGCUCCUGUCAAUCAUCGUCCACACCUUCACAGGAAGCACAGAGCGACUCACCGCUGAACGUGGAGGAGUGUUCAGAGACGACCAGCGAGGCCAAAGCCUCUCAGCAAACACACCAUCCAGUCACAGAAGUCAAAAAGCUAAGCUACGCUCAAAUCUGCCAGAAAGCACCAGCGUCGUCCAGUGACCCGGCCCCCCCUGCUGACCACGCCUCCUCAGAGGCGGGGUCGACAUAACCAGCCCGAGCCACACCUCCGGUCCCAGCUCUGUUACCACGGUGACCAGAAAAGAUGGGGAUUUGUGUUGUUUUGAUUUGUUGUAAAAAUUGUAGAUUGUAGGUAUGAGUGUGAAAUUCCGCCCAUGCUGAGCACCGAGAGGGCGGGGCUGUUACCGCCCACUGCCAUCUGACAUUUUGGGUUGGCGUGGAUUCUGAGGUGUGUUGACUUUUUUUUUAAAUGGAAGCAGGAAAGGAGCGUGUUUGUCUGUCUGUGGUUAAGUUAUUUCAGGGCUAGGUUCCAUUUAGUUUUUGUCUGGUUUUGCUGACGAACACCGACGCUUCUUUCUUUCUUUGUUUCCUCACCUGUUUGUGUGUGUGUGUGUGUUUUGGUUGUUUUAAUUUCCACACGUUUGUGUCAUGGUUUGGUCCACGGGGCGCUGUGGGCGUUUUUUCCUCGUUAAAUGUGACUCAGUUUGUUUGAUUUCAGAUCACACCUUUGUAUCUGUGUCAGGAAUUCAAAUUUAAAUUAAAAAAAGAAAAAAGAGAGUAUGUUGAGUUUGACAAAAGCACUGAAUACCAAGCCUUUAUUUGUGCAUGAUUUUUUUCAUUUUUAUUUAUUUAUUUCCUUUUAGAAUUUCAAAGUGAUAGAUCAGGUUUUGUGUGUUAGACACUGAAAACAUGGCUGCCUAAACAAAUAUACACCAGUAAUGACACAUUCACGUCUUUAUAAUCCACUCACUCUCCCACACUAAAGUCCAUAGAGAAAAUCAGUGAUUUUAGCUCACAGGGACACAGGAGCUGCUGGUCUACCGCUGCCUCGUGUGGUCACUUUGUGUCACUGUGGUAAAUCUGAAAGCUGUAUUUCAAACACAGAAUUUUACAGAAUAAGACAUUUAAAUUUAGUGAUGGAGGCAGCAGUGUAUCAACGACUCCUGUGUGCUGUGAUGUUAAAUCACUGAUUUUCUCUAUGGGCUUUGGUGUGGGAGAGUGAGUGUUUUACAAACUUAAAUUUCCAGUCAGAAAACUCAGUCUAAUGUUGAUAAAAAAUGACAAACAUAUUCUGAGAUCUGAGACGAGGAAAAGAUGCCGUAUGUUUCUGUGACGUCAGCACUUUGAAAAACCUGAAGUGUUUCUUUUUAUUUACGUUGGCUAGAAGUGCUUUUUUGUGUGGUUAAAGCUUUAGUCUCACCCUGUUUGUCGUGGACGUAAAAGAACUUGAAUUGAUCGAUUGAUUUAUUGACUGUGUUGAGUAACCAAUGUUCUUCUGUUUAACAAGAUUUUUAAAUGUGGAAGCUGUUGCCAUGGAGACGCAGCAGCGGCAGUUCAGGCACGUGUUUCUUUGUACAGAUGUACAUAAUAUUGAGAGAUUAUUAAAUAAGUGCCUUUGAAGUUGA